AUGGUAUCUUCGUUCAUCUUAGGUCAGUCCGCAUUGGCGGAUGGUACGAAAUCGGCCAAGUCAUUAGCCAGUCAUAUCGGAAAAGAAAAUGGACCAACCCAUCACGAAGCCGUAUAUUUAAUAAUUAAUACCAAAAUAUAUCUCACUAAAAUAAAAGACUAUACUCCCAGAAUUAUUCCGUUAAGUAAGGGAUUGGAUAAAUUAGAAAAUAAAUCAGUAUUGUUAGUAACCAAAGAUCCAUCUUUGCCCUAUCGUGAUGCAUUAACGAAAAAAGAUUCGCCUACAGAAGAUGUUUUCAACCAAAUAUAUACCUUAACUAAAUUGAAGCACAUAUCUAAAGAUCCCAAAAAAUUGACGAAACUUUUCAAAGAAUUUGACAUUAUUGUUGCGGAUAAUAGAGUACACAAGUUCUUGCCAGAUAUCUUAGGAGCUCGAUUUUACGUUAAAAAUAAGAAAAUACCUUUCAUGGUCCAAAUGGCCAAGCCUGACAAAGAUGCCAGAUUGUCGAAGGGAAAGAAGUCUACAAAGCUAAAGGAUGACAGAUGUGAGCCGGAGUACGUUAGAUAUCAAAUGAAAUCUAUAGUGAGAAAUGCCUCAUAUAUUCCAUCAGCUACAGGAACAUGCAUCUCUGUUAAGAUAGGUUAUAGUGACUGGAAACCAGAGGAAUUAUUGACCAAUGCUAACGAUGUAAUAAAGUAUUUGGUCGAGCCAAAAUUUCUUCCUGUUGGAGGAUUGUUAAGAACUCCCAAAAACUUAGUUAGCGUUCAUAUUAAGACUAGUGAAAGUAUAAGUUUACCUAUUUUCAAGCAGAAAGAAGACAUAAAGGAAGAAGAUGAUGACGAUAGUGACUUGGAUUUUUAG